UUUUCGGAAAGGGUCCUAACAGAAAAUUGUUACGGCAUUGAUAAAAAGGUUAGGUACAAACUGAAACUGAGCAUGCGCUUAUGAUCACUUCUCUUUCCCCGUACCCCGAAACUCCAAUGCUAUUCUAAUUUCCAGUUCGCGUUUGUUGCCCGUGAAGGAUGCCUUCUGCCAACCCUAAACUAGAAAAACAGGCCUCUACGGAGACCGUAGAUCCUAUACGCCAGGCGAUUAUCGUUAUCGAACAUAAGAUACGAAAUCUUGAAAAGCGUAAGGCAAAGUUAGAGUCAUACAGGGAUCUGCAGAAGAAUGGGAGGGAACUAAACGCAGAUCAGAAAACAGCAGUGGUUAAAUAUGAUGAAGUAUUACAAACAUUGGAUAUUACUAAGGAAUUACAUAAACAAAUUGUUGGAAUUGCUCAUGAUGCUGUCAAACAACAAAAGAAAUUGGCAAGAAAAGAGGCUAUUGAAAGAACACAACAGGAUAUUGCAAAGGUGAAAGAAGUUCUUCUUAUACAAGAUGCACUGAUGAACAUGGGAACGGAUUCUGUUAGAGAAGACUUUCUUGCUGGAAAAAACGGUGCAGUGAAAUUAACGGAACAAGACUUAAAGAGUUUGGACAGUCUCUACAAUGAAGUUAUGAUGAAACAUCAUCGAGAGGAAGGUGAACCAACAUUUCUUCAACAAGUACAGAAAGUAGCAGAACAUUAUGUAGCUAUUGUUGAUGGAAAACCAAGAGAAGUUGUUGGUACAACUUAUAACAAAUUGAAAGAAAUUAUCACGUCUAUUAAUCAGUGUGGGUACUUUGAUCAAGUUCAUGAAACUGAAGCUGCAGUAGAGGAAGUUGCAGAAGCAGUUGCUGAAACCCAAAUAUCAGAAACUCCUGCACAGGAACAAGUCAACGAAGAAUAUAAUAGCAAUGACAGGCACAUUCCACCUGAGUCCAUCAUUCCCAUUCCUAAUUUUCCAGUACAAGUUGCUCCUCUCCCAGUUGUUUCUGGCACUACCCCAGUUUCUGGUCCUAUUCCUGUAGUUGCACAACCAAUUCCACCACAUCCAGCAGCGCCGGUUGAAACAUCUUAUUACACAAAUGCUACUGGAUUUGUACCACAACCACAGCAGCAACAACAACAGUCACAACCAGCUCAACAGCAACCACCACAGGCUCCCAGAAUUAAUGAUGUUAUAGGCACGCCGAAUUUCUUUUUUUUGCAAGAAUCUGAACUUGAUUCACCAGAUGUUACAUCUCAAGCACCUAUUGUUUCACACAUUCCUGCUGCUGUGAAUGCACCUAUUCCUUCGCAAACAUUUACAAAUCAAAAUUUUGCAAAUGCACCAGUAGUACCACAACCAGUUAUAUAUCAACAUCAACCACCACAGGAUAUGUCCCACAUUCCUGGAUUUGCUAACCCUAACCCACCUCCACCCAUUCCAAUGCCACCUUCUCAUCAACAACCAAAUAUUCAGUAUAGUCCACAACAUCCUACUAAUUUCCAACAGCAACCACAACAGCAACAACAGCAAACUGUUGCACAACAAAUUUCACAACCGGCACAAACACAAAAUUUUGAGCAUCAACAGGAAAGUCAACAACCACCUAACGAGGAAAAACCUGAGGAAAAUCAAGAAGAAACCCCAGCACCAGAAACAGAAUUAGAACAACCAAGUGAAUCUGUCGAUUGGUGUCAAAUGGCUGAGAGCGGAAAUAUAAACGAUUGGAAUCAGACGGAUCAAUCGCAAUCAUCAACUCAAGAUUCACAACAAACACAACAACAAACAACUCAGCAAGCUUGGGGUGACCAACAGCGUAGUGGAUACAGAGGUAGAGGUGGAAGAAGAGGUAACUCUAAUGGUUACAAUGGAAGAGGCAGGGGUGGUGGUUAUCAACAAAAUGGUCGUGGAGGACAAGGAACUUACUAUCGCAAUGAUAGUAACUAUCAAAAUGGUUACCAACAACGUUCUUGGGGAAACAGCGAAGGAAAUAGUGGUUACAAUUCUGGUUAUAAAAGAGGAGGCGGUGGACCAAGAGGUGGUCCACGAGGCGAGCGUGGUAUAGAUAGAGGUAGUCGAGGACAAUUUCGUGGUCAACGAGGAGGAAAUCGUGGCGGUUACACGCCCCGUGGUAAACCCCACACGCAACAACAAUAAAGAUACGAUAGAGCAAUGCACAGCGAAACAUUAUAAAUAAUACUAUAAUUCAAUUGUCUGUUUAUGAAAAAACCUAAGUCGUAUCUUUAUUCUUAGUAGUACAAUCUGAGAAAACUUGCACAAAGUCGUGAAAUUCUAUAAAUUUUAAUAUGUGGAAUAGCAACUUUAACAUUCUAGAUUAUUGUUUAAGAGUGAGUUUUGUAAAGCACAUGAAAAGAAAAAUGUGGACAAGUAAUUCAUUGUUUUUAUAAAUAUUAAUAACAUUAAAAAAGAGAGUACAUAGAUUUAUAUUGUUUUCAUAUAAAAUUCAUACAAAAAAGAACACAUUUAAUGUGUUUCAUUAUGACUUAGGGUAUUUCCUAAAUUAGACAUUGAAUAACCAAAAUUUUGCAUUUGAAUUUGGUAUCUAUAAUUAUCAAAAGAAAAACCUAUUAAUAUUAAUGGAAAGGUUAUACAUAACAUUGUGAUAUAAAAGAUCAACCAAAUUCAGAAGCGUGAACCCACCAUGCAAGUAUUAUUGUGUUGUGACAGAAGGCAGUUUUCACAGGGCAACAACAGCUGAUCAACAAAGAUUAGAAAAAUAAUUUUAUUAUAAAAAAAAUACAAAAAAAAUGAGAACUCAUACAAGCAUUUCACGCAAAGACAAGACAUAAGAAUGUAUUUAACGAAUAACGUUAAAAUGAUUACACGAAUAGGUGAACUGCACGACCAUCUCUUUGUCUUGCGGCGCAUCGUUCUAGAGAAUUUUUUAAGAUACCAGAAAAAAAAGAGGAUACAGUGAGCAAUGCCUUCUUCUAGUACUAUAUAAGGUGAGUUACUAGAAAACGCUAUCUAAAAUUUUUGACCUGUGGCGUUAAACGAAUAUAUAUAUAUAUAUAUACAUAUAUAUAUAAUAAAAUUUGUUGUGUUCACGUCAUUUAAAUAUUUGUAUCAAACGAAUCCAUUAAUGCAUGAUAAAUUUAGUUACAAUAUUUUCGUUUAAUGUCAACGAAUCAAAAGUUACUUUAGGUAGUAGUUUUCGAUUAACUUACCCUGUAUAUGUUCUUAACUUCAUAUUCCAUUUUUGGUCUAUGAAUCUGUGAAACAUUUAGAGAAUUAAGGUUGUCGAGAUUUAGUAGUUUGAGGAAAAUAAAAGGUUUACGUAAUAUAUGAAUUUCUAAAAACGUUUUUUCAUUGCUUCGGAUUACAUCGCUCCCUCUUCUAUUUUUUCUGAAUGAUUUCAAAAUUCUUCACGGUCGCCUCGCAGCUGGCCAAGUAAAAGAGAUUGCAGUGCAAUUUCAAGUUUAUGAAGCAACAUUACCUGAUUUUUUUUAUCGCAAAAUAUAUAUGAUUAUUUUUAAAAAAAAAAAAAAAGAGAAGCGAUAGUGCGGAUGCUUUAGCAUAUAAGUCGAGUGUACAAUUAUUGACUAGAUGCAAAGAAGGCGUAUUUGAAUAGUGCGCCAAUGACAAAAAGCUAUACUCACACCGCCAAACACACGAUGAGGAGUACCGUAUUGUAUUUUGUUUGUACAUUUGUGUUUAAUCACCUCCAUCUACAGUUAUGUUCAAUUAUCCUAUGAAUACCUAUGUAUCUUCCAAAUAAAGAUCUAAUUCAACCCUGCUAACUA